AUGUACCCUCUCCACAUGUACCCUCUCUACAUGUACCCUCUCCACAUGUACCCUCUCCACAUGUACCCUCUCCACAUGCACCCUCACCACAUGUACCCCCUCCACAUGUACCCUCUCCACAUGUACCCUCUCCACAUGUACCCUCUCCACAUGCACCCUCACCCUAUGUACCCCCUCAACAUGUACCCUCUCCACAUGUACCCUCUCCACAUGUAUGCUCUCCACAUGUACCCUCUCCACAUGAACCCUCUCCACAUGUACCCUCUCCACAUGUACCCUAUCCACAUGUAUGCUCUCCACAUGUACCCUCUCCACAUGAACCCUCUCCACAUGUACCCUCUCCACAUGUACCCUCUCCACAUGUAUGCUCUCCACAUGUACCCUCUCCACAUGAACCCUCUCCACAUGAACCCUCUCCACAUGUACCCUCUCCACAUGUACCCUCCCCACAUGUACCCUCUCCACAUGAACCCUCUCCACAUGAACCCUCUCCACAUCUACCCUCUCCACAUGUACCCUCUCCACAUGUAA